UUCAUGAAGGGGGCGUGUCCCGCCCCGAAGGCUACCUAUUAGUCACGCGCUUUCGCGCGCUUUUGCUGGCCACGUGGGUCUGUUUUCGCGCGGAAUCCGGCUGGAGCGGGAGCGGCGGCGGGAUGGCGGACUCCUCCGAGUCGCAGGCGGCGGCUACCAGCCCCCUGCGCAGCUCCCGCCGGGGCGAUGCCUUCACCUCCAGCCCCGGCCGGGACCUGCCCCCCUUCGAGGAUGAGUCCGAAGGGCUCCUGGGGACCGAGGGGCUCCCCGAAGAAGAGGAGGAAGGAGAAGAGCUCAUCGGGGAAGGGAUGGAAAGGGACUACCGCCCCAUCCCCGAGCUGGAUGUCUAUGAAGCAGAGGGUCUGGCCUUGGACGACGAAGAUGUGGAGGAGCUGACGGCUAGCCAGCGGGAAGCUGCAGAGCGAGUAAUGAGGCAGCGAGACCGCGAGCUGGAGCAGGGCAUGGGCCGCAUGAGGAGGGGACUGCUUUACGAUAGUGAUGAUGAAGACGAAGACCGUCCUUCACGGAAGAGGCGGCUGGCAGAACGAGCUGCUGAUGGCAUGGAAGACGAAGAUGAAGACAUGAUUGAGAGCAUUGAAAAUCUGGAAGACAUGAAAGGGCAUUCAGUGCGGGAGUGGGUUUCCAUGGCAGCUCCCCGGCUUGAGAUCUACCACCGCUUCAAGAACUUCCUGAAGACCCAUGUAGAUGACCAUGGGCACAAUGUCUUCAAGGAGCGGAUCAGUGACAUGUGUAAAGAGAACAGAGAGAGUCUGGUGGUGAACUACGAGGAUCUGGCAGCCCAGGAGCAUGUCCUUGCCUACUUUCUGCCUGAGGCCCCAGCAGAAAUGCUGAAGAUCUUUGAUGAAGCAGCCAAGGAAGUGGUGUUGGCCAUGUACCCCAAAUAUGAUCGCAUUGCUCAGGAGAUCCAUGUCCGUAUCUCCCACCUCCCUCUGGUGGAAGAGUUGCGGUCACUUAGGCAACUGCACCUGAAUCAGUUGAUCCGAACCAGCGGAGUGGUGACGAGUUGCACAGGGGUCCUGCCUCAGCUCAGCAUGGUCAAAUACAACUGCAGCAAGUGCAGCUUUGUCCUGGGACCCUUUUUCCAGUCCCAAAACCAGGAGGUGAAACCCGGUUCCUGUCCAGAGUGUCAGUCUCUUGGCCCCUUUGAAAUCAACAUGGAAGAGACAGUCUAUCAGAACUAUCAGCGCAUCAAAAUCCAGGAGAGCCCUGGGAAGGUAGCUGCCGGCAGGCUGCCCCGUUCCAAGGAUGCCAUUCUCCUUGCCGAUCUGGUUGACAGCUGCAAGCCAGGGGAUGAGAUUGAGCUAACAGGGAUCUACCACAACAACUAUGAUGGCUCCUUGAACACUGCCAACGGGUUCCCAGUAUUUGCAACUGUGAUCCUGGCCAACCAUAUUGCCAAGAAGGAUAACAAGCUGGCUAUUGGAGAACUGACUGAUGAAGAUGUGAAAGUGAUUGUGGGUCUGUCCAAGGAUGAGCAAAUUGGGGAGAAGAUUUUUGCCAGCAUUGCCCCAUCUAUUUACGGGCAUGAAGAUAUCAAGAGGGGCUUGGCUUUAGCUCUCUUUGGUGGAGAGCCCAAAAACCCAGGUGGCAAACAUAAAGUCCGUGGUGACAUCAACGUGCUUCUGUGCGGGGACCCUGGUACUGCGAAAUCACAGUUUCUUAAAUACAUAGAGAAGGCAUCUAGCAGAGCGAUCUUCACCACUGGCCAGGGUGCUUCUGCUGUGGGCCUCACAGCCUAUGUCCAGAGGCACCCGGUCAGCAAGGAGUGGACUUUGGAGGCAGGAGCCCUUGUGCUGGCUGACAGAGGUGUCUGCCUGAUUGACGAAUUCGACAAGAUGAAUGAUCAGGAUAGGACCAGCAUCCAUGAAGCCAUGGAACAGCAAAGCAUUUCGAUCUCCAAAGCAGGCAUUGUCACAUCCUUGCAAGCCCGCUGCACUGUUAUUGCUGCUGCCAAUCCAAUAGGUGGGCGAUAUGACCCAUCAUUGACUUUCUCGGAGAAUGUAGACCUGACAGAGCCCAUCAUCUCUCGAUUUGAUAUCCUGUGUGUGGUGAGAGACACAGUGGACCCAGUGCAGGAUGAAAUGCUUGCCCGGUUCGUUGUUGGCAGCCAUGUCAAGCACCACCCAGGUAGCAAAGAGGCAGUGGAUGGGGACGCCAAUGAGGUCGUUCUUCCCAACACAUACGGGGUUGAACCCAUUCCCCAGGAGAUCCUGAGGAAAUACAUCAUCUAUGCCAAAGAGAAGGUUCACCCCAAACUCAACCAGAUGGACCAGGACAAGGUGGCCCGGAUGUACAGCGACCUCAGGAAAGAGUCUAUGGCAACUGGCAGCAUCCCCAUCACAGUGCGUCACAUUGAGUCCAUGAUCCGGAUGGCCGAGGCUCAUGCCCGCAUGCACCUGCGGGACUAUGUGGUGGAAGAUGAUGUCAACAUGGCCAUCCGGGUGAUGCUGGAGAGCUUUAUUGACACGCAGAAGUUCAGCGUCAUGCGGAGCAUGCGGAAGACAUUCUCCCGCUACCUUUCAUUCAAGCGAGACAACAAUGAACUGCUGCUGUUCAUACUGAAGCAGCUGGUUGCAGAGCAGGUGAUGUACCAGAGAAACCGCUAUGGGGCCCAGCAAGACACCAUAGAAGUGCCAGAGAAGGACUUGGUGGAUAAGGCUCGGCAGAUCAAUAUCCACAACCUCUCUGCCUUUUACGACAGUGAAGUGUUCAAGAUGAACAGGUUCAGCCGGGAUGUGAAGCGGAAGCUGAUUGUCCAGCAGUUCUGAGGCUGGCAGUUGAGUUUACCAUGUCCUCCUGUGAGAUGAGACCUCCAUCUUGCAGCCCUCCCAGGAACGCUACAGAAAUAAUGAUCCAGAGGGACUAAGCUGCACAUUCUCUUGCUUGCUUUCUGCCUUAUGGAUUAAGGGAGUGCUGAUCUGCUGAAGACCUUGUAAAUAGAACAGAAUUAAGCAGUUAAAUGCCCAGCCAAGACUGUUUAGCAACCUCAUUCACUGUUUUGCCUUGUAGCUAAGCUCAAUAGGGAGGGAAUUGCUGGCCACAUAGAUGGCAGGUUUGCUGGUUGUUUGUCACUAGUUGUUAUGGGCUCAUCUACAGGAGAGACCAAGUGGGAGCAUUCGAAAGGCAUUUGUCUGCCUUAUCCAUGCCCCUUGGAUUGCAAGCACCCUCAGGGUUUCUCUUUUCCCAUCUCUGGCGACCGUGCAGCCUGCUGGGUGAUAACUGAGACUCUUCUUAACUCUCCACAAACCAGCUCCAGGCCUUGGUGCCUGACACUUGACAUUUCCCCAGGUGCUCACAUGGGUUGACCCUUUGCUUGGUUUCUGCAAGGCUGGAGGCGGGGCAGAGGAAGGGGGGAACUGAAAUAAAACAUAACUAUUUCUAAUAUUAGUGGUGAUCUGUAUGGGUAGUGAAAGCUCCUUCAGUACAUGCUGAGGCAGUGUCCAGAAGCCUUAGGGAAGGGGCUUCCCCUGCCUUACUGGGUGUUAUCUCUGUGCAGCUGUCAGCAGAUAUGAAUUUAUGGGUGGAUCGUAGUGCUGACACCUAAACUGAACACCAUCUCUCACCUCCAGUUGUUGAGGGUGAAGCACCCGUGGUGCUGUUUUUGGGAGUAGCAGUGAAGAAGCCCUGAGCUGGAGGUGUGCAGGGAGGGCAGGAUGGGCUCGGUGUUCACAUGCAAUUUCCUUACUCUGUGUGUUUUAAAUACAUUUGGUUUUUAAUA